CUUCAUCACCAACUACCUUUACAUCCUGUAACCACUCCCACCUCUCCGUCAAUCGGCUCAACUCCUCUCGCCCGUAUUGCCGCCAUUGUUCCACGGUUGUCUUCUUAUUCUUGUCUUUUCUUUUCUUUUCUUUUCUUUUCUUUUCUUUUCUUUCUUUCUUAUUGAAAACCAGAGGCUUCUUCUUGUUUCCCUGGUUUUACUUUACCUAUCCAUCUCGGCAAAUCGUGAUUGCCGCAGUUACUCUGGACUAGUCCUUUCCACAGCCUAUCCCCCAACGAAAACCCCCUCAAGAUGCCCGGCCUGGUAACGGCGACGGGUGUGCUAGGCUUCCUCGCCGAUGAGGAGGCCGAGCUCAAGGUUUUCGCCUUGCAGACCCUAAACGACGACAUCGACACUGUUUGGACAGAGGUUGCAGGGUCCCUUGGCCAAAUUGAGGCGCUUUAUGAGGACGAAUCCUUUGCCGAACGCCAGCUGGCCGCCCUCGUUUUGGCCAAGGUCUACUACCACCUCCAAGCUUACAAUGAGAGCAUGGCCUUUGCCCUCGCCGCCGGCGAUCUGUUCAAGCUCGAUGCGCCCGGCGAAUUCGAGGACACCAUUAUUUCCAAGUGUAUCGACCAAUACAUCGCCGUCUGCUCCUCCGAACACUCCAGCUCGAAGCCUUCCAAGAAUGAUGUCUCCCUGCCGGCCCUCGCCACAACCUUCGCUAGCGGCGUCGGAAAUGGCUCCGCCGUCAUCUCUCCGACAACACCUUUCUCUCAGACCGCGCUCCCGUCCAAGUCUCUUCUAUCUCGGGCCUCGGUGGACAAUACCAUUCUGGACCCUUCCUUCCAACCCGUCAAGGAAGGUCGUUCCGGCUCCAUCGCCCCGGUCGCUGACAAGGCCACGCGCGAAGCCCUACAAAGAGUCGUCGAGCGACUCUUUGACGCUUGCCUCAACGAGGGCCGGUACCGGCAAGUGAUCGGCAUCGCCGUUGAGGCCAAGAACCUGGACGUCCUGAGACGCGUCAUCAAGAGGGCUGGCGAGGACGCCGCCUCCUCCAAGGGCAAGUCGUCUGACGGGCCAACUCCGGCGGAGGAGCUCAUGGAGUACGCCCUGAGCAUAUGCAUGGACAUCGUGCAGGAGCGUGGUUUCCGCCGGGAAAUCCUGCGUCUCGUCCUGGAUCUCCUGAACGACAUCCCGAACCCGGACUACUUCGCCAUUGCCAAGUGCGUCGUCUACCUCAACUCCGACGAGGAGGCCUCGCGCAUGCUUCGACAGCUCGUCUCCAGCGAAGAUCGCAACAACACCACCAUCGCCUACCAGAUCGCGUUCGACCUUUACGAUAACGGGACCCAGGAGUUCCUCGGCAAGAUCAUCAAGUCUCUUCCGUCCGGCGACCCCCCCAAGCCCAAGCCUGACGCCGCUGAAGGAACCAACGACGCCCAGGAGACCGAGCCGCUCCUGGAGAACCAGGAGCCUGCGAGAGAAGACGCCGAGGAGGUAUCAGAGGACCUGGCCAGGGUGUACAAGAACAUCCGCUCUAUCCUCGUCGGAAGCAAGACCAUCCAGCUCAACCUCGAGUUUCUGUACCGGAACAACCGCACGGAUCUGAGCAUUUUGAACAAGGUCCGCGACAGCCUCGAGGCGCGCAAUUCCAUUUUCCAUACCGCCGUCACCUUUUGCAAUGCCUUCAUGAACCAAGGCACCACCAACGACAAGUUCUUCCGCGACAACCUCGAGUGGCUCGGAAAAGCCGUCAACUGGUCCAAGUUCACCGCCACCGCCGCCCUGGGCGUCAUCCACCGCGGAAACCUUACCCAGUCGAGGAAGUUGCUUGAGCCCUAUCUGCCACAGCAGAGCGGGUUGAGCAACGGUUCCAUCUUUAGCCAAGGUGGCGCCUUGUACGCCUACGGCCUCAUCCACGCCAACCAUGGCGCUGACGCUCUCGACUACCUCAAGUCGCAAUUUUCGGCGGCCGAGGAAGAAGUCAUCCAGCACGGGGGCGCGCUCGGCCUCGGCAUCGCCGGCAUGGCCACAGGCUCCGAGGAGAUCUUCGACAGCCUGAAGAACGUUCUGUUCACCGACUCGGCCCUGAAUGGCGAGGCCGUCGGCCUGGCCAUGGGCCUGAUCAUGCUGGGCACUGGCAACGUCAAGGCUCUGGAGGACAUGAUCACCUACGCGCACGAGACUACUCACGAGAAGAUCGUUCGCGGCCUGGCCCUUGGCAUGGCCCUGAUCAUGUAUGGCCGCCAGGAAGGCGCCGACGUGAUGAUCGAGGGUCUUCUCAACGACCCUGACCCAACUCUGCGCUACGGCGGCAUCAUGACCGUCGCCCUGGCCUACUGCGGCACCGGCAGCAACAAGGCCAUCCGCAAGUUGCUCCACAUUGCCGUGAGCGAUGUCAACGACGACGUGCGCCGGAUUGCCGUCAUGAGCUUGGGCUUCAUUCUUUUCCGGAAGCCCGGCAGCGUCCCCAGGAUGGUCGAACUCCUAUCCGAGUCGUACAACCCCCACGUCCGAUAUGGAUCCGCCAUGGCGCUCGGUAUUUCUUGCGCCGGUACCGGCUUGGACGAGGCCAUCGACCUCCUCGAGCCCAUGAUGAAGGACCCUACCGACUUCGUCCGCCAAGGCGCUCUGAUCUCCCUAGCCAUGAUCAUGAUCCAGCAGAACGAGGUCAUGAACCCCAAGGUCGCAGCGAUUCGGAAGACCUUGAAGAAGGUCGUCGGUGACCGCCACGAGGACGCCAUGACGAAAUUUGGCGCGUCUCUUGCCCUCGGCAUCAUCGACGCCGGCGGUCGCAACUGCACCAUCGGCCUCCAGACCCAGUCCGGGAACCUGAACAUGGCUGGCAUUGUCGGCAUGGCCGUAUUCACUCAGUACUGGUACUGGUUCCCCUUCACACACUUUUUGUCUCUCGCUUUCUCGCCCACGUCCAUCAUUGGACUCGACCACGACCUGGACAUUCCCAGCUUCAAGUUCCACUGCUCCGCUCGCCCGAGUCUGUUCGACUACCCCCCGGAACAGGAGGUCAAGGCUGAAGAGGGCCCCACCAUGGUGGCGACCGCCGUUCUUUCGACUACGGCGCAGGCCAAACGCCGGGCCCAGAAGAAGGAACGAGCUCAGCGCAGAGAGAGCAUGGAUGUCGACUCUGCUCCGUCGAGCGCCAAGCCGGCUGCCUCGGGUGGAGGUGACAAGAUGGAUGUGGACGACGACAAGAAGUCCAAGGCCGCGGAAGAGUCGAAGGACAAGAAGGAGAAGGAGAGGGAGGGAAGCAGCGACAAGGGCACUCCGGCCGCUGAUGCGAAGAAGCGUCCUGAGAAGGAGAAGGCGGGCUACGAAAUCGAGAACAUGUCCCGUGUGCUCCCCGGUCAACUCAAAUUCGUCAGCUUCCCAGCUGGUCGGUAUAAGCCGGUCAAGAAGCCCACCGGUGGACCCCUUCUUUUGGUGGAUACCCAGCCAGAGGAGGAGAAGUCACUCAUGGAGGAGAAGCUGAAGACGGUGACGACGGAGAAGGCACCCGUUGCCGGCCAAAGGACGGGCGGUGGCGCGGGCGGUGCGGCCGGCCAGGAACAGAACCUCAUCCGGCAGGCUCUCCGGAACGAGGGCAACCUGCGAUCGCUUAACGAGCUGAACGAGCUCCUGGGACAUCGUCUUGGCGGCGGCGGCAGGAACAACGACGCCAACGAAUCCGCCCCGGGCAGCGGUGCGGCCGCAGCAGCCGGUGUUCUCACCGCCGUGGACGAGGACGGAGAGGGUGAUGAGGAGGCUCCUGUCCCGCGCGAGUUUGAGUACUUCAGUGACGGGGAAGAGGAGGAAGAGUGAUAG